AUGUCCGGCUUCUUUGCGGCUUCCACCGUAACCAGACGACGACGACGAGAGGACGAAGACCGAGACGAGAAUAACGACGACGACGACGAAAAGUUAUUGUUCUUGGAAUCACCGCCGGAAAUGAACGAAGAUAUUAAUAACAACAACAACGACGACGACGACUUUGAACACGAGGAGGAAGACAGUCCGGCGCCAAAACCUUCUCCUCCUCGUUCUCUUUCUCCUCCUCCUCGUUCUCCUCCUCGCAUAGACAUCGUGGAUGAAGCGGAUCAGGUGUGUUUUCAAAUCGAGCGCGUGGUGCAUCGAUUGAUGUCCAGUCUCGCGUCGGAGAUUUGUCGAGACGAGGCGUUUCCAGUCGAGUAUUACGACCUGCACGUGCCUUUGCACGAGUGGUCUGAAAACGAGAAAACUUUUGUUGAAAGCGAGAAAACGAGAUCGAUACGAUUGAACACGAUUACGUUUGCAAGAGUCAUCGCGAUGUUGAACUUGAUUCACACGAACGUACGUCAAGGGAAGACAGUCACGCAAAGGGAGAUGUAUUAUUGCGCUUCCGCGAAAGAACCGUUGUUGUUCUCUAAAGUCGUUCACGUGUUGAACGCGAUCAAAGAUAUCGCAGGUUUGCUGCGCAUCGAUCGAGGCGCGUUGAAUAUCACGAGCGCAUCGAAAGGUUUAGUUGUCGGUUUAGUAUCUCUCCGAAACGAUGUGACUCAAACGUUCGUUGAUUGUUCAAAUCUCGAUGGUUCGGGCUUCACGAUCCCGGGUGAUUUAAAAACGAUCGAGAGUUUAUCCAUCGACGCCUCGAUGUGCGCAUUCAUUCUCGUCGUGGAGAAGGACGCCGUGUUUAACAAACUCGUACAAGAACGAAUUUGGGAGAGGUAUCCGUGCGCAGUUGUUACUGCAAAAGGCUUUCCGGAUUUGCCGACGCGCGCGUUCUUAAAUCGGUUGGCCUCAACCGGCGUACAACGCACGUGUAAGAUCUACGUCUUGGUCGAUUGGAAUCCGAGCGGCUUAUGGAUCUAUUCCACAUACGUCACGGGAGGUGCUUCGAAUGUCAACGAAUCGACAAAGUACGCGCUUCGUAACGCCGUGUUCCUCGGAGUCUCGCACGAGGACAUACUCGCCGCUGGUAAAGUGCUCACGUCCAAGCACACGAAGAAAGAGUCUCGAGAUAUCGCCAACGCGUUACGGAGAAAACGCGGGCCUCUUUACUCCACUUUCAAAAGCGAACUCGAGCAAAUGCACGCGCUCGGACGCAAGUGCGAAAUCGAAGGCCUCUAUGCAUCCAACAUCAACGACGAUAACUGCUCUGUGCUCUCGGAAUACGUGCUCACAAAAAUAGCGCAAAUUGAACAACAACAACAACAGCGACGCUAA